UUAUCUAUAUAUUAAUUAAGAUUAUAUUUUAAAACUUUUUCCUUAUUUUCCCCUUUUGUAUUUUUGGUUUACCUUUGGGCACAUUUGGGCCAACCUUGACAUAUUCAUUUUUGUUUAUUUUUGAAUUCCCUUUUCUUUAGCCUUUUUGAUAUUUUUGAAACAUUUAAAGCUCAUUGCAGCAUGUAAAUCCUGAUCCUGAGAAUUUUAAGAGCCAAUUCAUAUAUUUCACUUAAGUUCAUUUUGCCCUGCACCUGUGCCAGAGGCUAUAUUUGUAUCGUACAAUCGCAGCACCUGUUAGUGACUGUCAAGAGAUGAGAAAACAAAAUCGAGGCAGAGGCGACGGACAGCAGUGUCCUUUUAUUUUCUUAAUCACACACUCACGGUUUACUGCCUUAAGAAUUUAAAAAAUGACUGAUAGGGUGAGCACAGCAGGUGCUGUCUUAAUGAUGGGUUAUACUCAGGAGUCAAAGGAGGAGGAGGAGACAAAUUGCUCAUCUGGGACAGGAGGUUCACAGCAGAAGGAUUCAGAAAAGCUCCUUUCUCUCCUGGAACUAGAGGAGGUUUUAUACUCAGCUCCUCGUUCCUGUCGACAUGUAGACGAGGUGUGGCCCAAUCUGCAUCUGGGAGACAUGUUUAUGUCUCAUGACAGGUUUGGACUCUGGCAGUUGGGCAUCACUCACGUCCUGAACGCCUCACAUGGCAAACUCUGCUGUAGAGGAAGUGAUGAUUUCUAUGGAACUACAGUAAAAUACUAUGGAGUCCCAGCCAAUGACCUUCCAACUUUUGACCUUUCACCUUUCUUUUACCCUUCAGCUGACUUCAUUCACCAGGCUUUGACAUCAGGAGGUAAUGUGUUUGUGCACUGUGCUGUGGGAGUGAGUCGCUCAGCCGCACUGGUCCUUGCCUACCUGAUGAUUCAUCAGCACCUCACCCUUCUGUCCUCUGUACGCUGCGUGCAACAAAAACGCUGGAUCUUCCCAAACAGAGGCUUUUUAAAACAACUCUUAGCCUUGGACCAAAAGCAGAGACAGGAGAGUGAACGGCAGACGCAGCAGCAAUAACAGCAGCAGUGCUGAGAGUCCAGUGAGAAUGUCAGGGAGCGAGCAGCAGCUACAGAACCUGGCGCUCAUUAAAGAACUGGAGCUCCUCUUAGACUCCUGC